GCUGCCGUUGCGUUCCUCCCGCUCGCUUCGAGUUGCAAUUGGUCGCCACCGUCGUACAUAGCUCAUGUACAGUACAAGACAAGACGGUGUGCCAACUGUGUUCCAGAACCGCUUCAUAGUCUCUUCAUAUCUCGCAGUGGUAUGAAUGGUGAACAGGAACAUGUCUUGCGUACUCUCGGACAAUUCGCUGAAAUUAGCGGCGGGUCGAACAGGCUACCAGGUAUCUUAAAUCCAUGAACAGAUGACUGCGUGGCACGCAGAUUUCCCGCGAUCGCAAGAGUGCAUGAAGAUCGUGCACUAUGCCGCUCGCGCCGAUCGAUGACAAUGGGACACAAUCCUACUUCGAGGACACUGGUGCUCCGGUCGGUUCCACAGACUACACGACCCUUGUCCUGAUUCAUGGGGCACUGAUUCAUGGCGCAUCAUUCAAGGCACUGUUUCCGUAUGCUUCGCAACACAAUGUCCGUCUUGUCACGCUGAACAUGCGGGAUUAUCCCGGUUCCACGCCGUUCACCGAUGCCGAACUAGCUGCUAUGCGAGGGCCCGACAGGAAUGGCCAGCGAACCCAGCUUCAUAAACGCGGAUUUGAGAUCGCCGCCUUCGUUAUAUGGUUCAUACGAAAGGAGAGCAUCCCGCCAUUACGACUCGACGGAGAGAAAACUAGCGGAGGUAUCUCCGUCCUCGGUUGGUCCUGGGGGAACACCAUGUCCCUGUCCUUCGUCGCACGUGCUACAGAACUUUCAAAGCAGGAUCAGGAGUUCCUAGAGGCUUACAUGCGGGCGUUAGUGAUAUACGAACCUGCGCCGCAUUCAAGCAUCAGCGCUGACUCCUACUUCGACGAGAUACACAAUCCCAUACGGAAACAGACACUCCCCAGGGAGCAACAAGCAGCGGCGUUCGCGCUCUGGGUCUCCGGAUACUAUGCUCAUUCACCGACCCUGCUAGACGCCUUCGCAUCUCUUACCCGCGAAGAGGUGGACGCUGGACUGGCGACGGAGCGUAUCCAGAACCCGUUGCCGCCUCAGAUCCCUACCCUCCAGCGGCUGUCUGCGGAAGAGAUAGCCGCGACAUCGGCAUACCACGUCUGGGCGCGUUCGCAGGUCCUCUACCAGCCAGACUUCAUCGAUAUGGAGCUUUUCAGGGAGAACACGCGUGCCGCACUGCAGGACGGAUCUGUCUGGCCUCGCAUGCAGGUGUGCCUGAUUUGGGGAGAUAUGACCCUCGGCGAGAUCAUCUAUACUUCAUGGGACAUCGCGCGCCAUGCAAGGACGGCGUGGCCGGAGGGAGGGAGGCACAUCCAUACCGUGCGGCUCGAGGGUGGCAACCAUUUCCCACAUGUCGACUUGCCCGAGCAGACUAUGCGUGUUUUGGCUGAAAACAUAUGAACCCUUCAGGGGUGUAGUCGCUGUCAGGAGACGAAUGAUGCAUGCGUGAGCGCGAUCUGUUGCAAUAUGUCCGAUAGCUUUCGGCUACGUCGAGCCCCGGUAGACUAAGGAGUGCUGUACCAUGCCGUAUGCAGUACGAUGAAUUCAACAGGCGCUGACUGUACUUCGCUGUGCUGCACAUCUUCUGUGACUAUCCGUCAAUUGAGUGAAGUAUGACACGACUCAGACUGUGGAGAGGUGCGCUACACCUCAUGUUUUAAUCCAAGUGAUGCUGCACGUAUUGUUUACCAUAGACAGUCGAUAACGAAUUCCAGAGAAGGCGGAAGUGCCUAGUUUGCACUAUCGCCCAAUCGCUCAUUUACCUGUACCCUGAUAAGUUCGCCCAAUGGCAUUCUAUGGGUGUAAUUUUGAUGUGCGCUUUUGUUGC